AUGUCUUCCACCAACACUAUACUUCUGAACACACAGGACUCCCUUCUUUCCAUCCCUAUGCCAGUCGACAUUGGCGAGACUACUAUUACGCCAGUGAUGCUCGCCAAUCCAUACUGCACCAAUCAUGUCCGUAAAGAGGCGUUAACGUUCAUCGAGAGCCGAUCAUCACUUGACACGGACUCGAUGGCAUUGCUGAAGGCUCUUGACAGUUCUAUUUCAAACUUGCAAGCCAUUAUCGACGAGAAAAACAAGGACAUCGAAAAUUUCAAGCAGGAUAUAAAAAUUCGGGAUAUACGCAUAGAGGUUGGGAAAAAGAUUUCCGAACUUCAUAGGAAGGCGGUAAUUGAGGAGUUCAAGAAAGCGAAAAGGGCAGGUAAUGAAGUUUUGGGAUUGAAGCAGGCGAUUGAAUUUGGGCGUCAUGAGCUUGUUAGAUCCAGUCAAGAGAUUUUGUCCUUGAAGCAGGAGGUGUCCGUGUUGUGA